CGUGACAACUCCACAAGGGAGAACCCAUGAUAUUACGGCGCUCCAUAACGGGGACUAACAUAGCCAUAGGGGAUGGAUAUGACAAGGAUUCGCGCCGGUUCGAUUCGAGUUCCGAUCUCAGCCAGAAUCGGGUACGGGCGAAUAGAUUCAGAAAUUGGGGUAGCUGUAGGCCAAAUCCACGCCAAACAGCUUUUCUGCAAAGAAUGCUCAGCUCUCGCCUUAUUUUGAAGGUACUGUCCGCACUUAUAGGUUUAUUAGCAAUAGUCAAUCUCUGGGUAUGGAAGUACCACUUGUUCGCGCCCGGUAGUUGCUUGACGCCUUCUACAGUAGAGCGAGAGAUACAACAUAACAGCUACAUGUCCCUGGCUCAGGACUACUAUGAAAGUAUAGGGCUGGAUGGGCCGCAUGACCACGUGCAGUUAUCCUCAAAUCUGCAACGUCGUAAAGAAUGUGAGAGUGUACGUGAUAUACAGAUACAGAUCAUAACUCGCAAUCGGAAGUUGCCAUAUAUCAAAUUAGCCUUGUGGUCGUUGCUUCACACUAGUAGUGCACCACGAGCUAGCAACGACAACGAGAUUGUACCGUCGACAAGGGGAGCGAGGGAGGCGUUGAAUGAGCGUUCUGUGGUGUCGAAAGAAACCUGCAUACUAGAAAGUCUACACAUAGGUAUUAUAAACACACAAGAGCCCAGCGAAGCGCACAUUGAAUUGGCGAGACUACGCGAGAUUGAAGCAGUAGAUGUCGUAGAUCUGCACCCAGGCCAGGAGGGCAGGGCACAUACAAACACCAGCUACACUACGUUAUACCAACAGUAUGUCAACGAGCACUACGAUUACCUACGCACCUUGCAAGCGUGCAAGGAGAGCGCACGUGAUUGGUGCUUGGUAGUGGAAGAUGAUGCCAUGGCAACCAGUGAUCUGGCACUUGUGUUCCAUCAGUACAUAUUAGACUCGGACGUCGUGUUUGGUAUUGAGGAAAAAGUGGGUAUGAUCAAGUUAUAUCAGACCAGUAAGCAAUCCAAUGAUAUCGGGCUACCACCGAUGUCUCUGUUCAAGAUGUUUAUAUAUUUCCUGCUUGCCUUAGCGGUCAUAGCGUACACACUGAGCGUACUUACAUGUCUCGUAGUGGAGCGUAGAUUGGGCACACCCUCUGUAGUACACCCAUACACAUAUCAAUCGGUUGUCAUAGUGAUACUGGUUGCAACUUUGUUCACGGGGAUGUAUGGGGCGAGGCAGUACUACGACCCUCUAUCACCACGCAAACACUUCACUGUCGUAGAGGUCAUCAAUACGGACGCUACAGUCGCGAUAGCGUUCCCAAGACACUCAGUGAUUAAACUUCACACAUACCUGGAGGAGCGGUUCACGUUACGAGAUGUGGAGGUACUCAAACCUGUAGAUCAUGAGAUAUACUUCUACUUCGCGGCGCAGGAGGAUAUGAGCGCGUACAGGUCUAUGCCCAGUAUGUUCCAGCAUAUGGGGGCGUAUUCGUCGUUUACAACAAGAUAUAGGAAUCCUGUACACGCUGCCUAUGGCGAGUUCGGGCCCACUUUUCUGCAAGACUUUGCAUGGUAUGGUUGAGGUCUGUAUAUAACCAACGCAACACGCACAUAAUUCAUAGGGCCAUAACUAUCACAAUGGUGGUUCCUCCUAGACCCGCCUCUGAAUUUCAGAGCAGAAACAGUUGAUUCUGGUUCGCUUAUAUAAGAUUUUUAGCCUUUAGUGGAGAUGUGGAAGGCACAUAUGUAGCCGUUAUACGAGGAGUACUAUAGUAUCUGCUAUGCCAGGCUACCACCACUCAAGUGCUUGGGGGACUUCUGAACACCAACGUGAAGUCAAAUGCCGACUUUGUAUGUCUUUGUUCCCGUUCUCAGUCCCGGCCUUCACCAUGUGCUUGCUGUGCUGGCUGGUUUCAGCAAUGUCCAAUGGUCGUGCAACGUGUCGAGUGUCUACAUGCUCAUCAAUGGCAUGUACAUUAUAGCUCAAUUUGCAAUUUACUGGUGUAUGCAUAUCAACCCACUGUGUGGUGUACAGAUACAAGCAUUACCACUGCUCGCGUGCUUCCUUGGCGCGCUUUCUACCGCUUAGAGCGCAGGCUAUAUCGGAAUCUGCAAAGUCUUCCAUUUUAAUUCUAGUGACCCAGCUGCAGGAUGUAAGGCAGUACAACAGCAGCCAUCUAACUUGACUACACAAUAGGAAGCGGCAGGAACAGACCUGGAAACCGAAUAACAUGAACAAAUCUGCAAUUGCGACCAUUUUGUGGCAAUUCUGCAGAAAACCUAGAUAUCCCUUUUAUCAGCAACCGUAGCACAAGUGAAGCAAUAUUCGCCGUUCGUGUUCUUACUACGGUGUGUACAGUUGCCGAUCACUCUGCCCAACUAUCACAACUUAGACCUCACCGCUCAAUCAUCACAAAUAUUUCUGCACAUCUCAAAUGCAAUCGUGGUAUAUACCGCAAACACAUAAUCGUAUGCAAACACAUAAUCGCGAAGCAUUAACAUUAGGUAUCUUAGGUAACAUUAGGUUUGCUAUAGUCUUCACAUCAUAUAUGACCUCAGACGAAUUGCCGUGUGAGUGCACAAACAAGCAAUAGUGGACUGACCACUAUUUCGGAUAAAACAGAUUAUAU